AUGAUCAGAAACUUAAUCAAAACAAAAACAAAAAUAAAUGAAAUUAAAUUUAAUAGGAAUUUUUUAUCAAGUUCAAUAUUAAAAAUAAGAAAUCAUAAUGAUGAUAGUAAUAAUAUAUUAUUUUCAAAUUCAAAUACCAUUGAAAUUCAAAAUCUCCCAUUAAAUAUAACAACAACUGAUCUAUUGAAUCAAUUUAAAAAUUAUAAAAUAUCACCACAUGGAAUUAAAACAAAAUAUAAUACAGAUAAAGGAUUUGCUUAUAUUACCUUUGAAAAUAAUCAAGAUUUUAUGAAAGCAAUAGACAAGAAAUUAAUUUCAUUCAAUAAUUUAAAUUAUUCAAUUGAACCAAUUAAACAAUCAUUAUCAUCCUUAUUAUUAUCAUCAUCAUCAAAUGAAGAAGAAGAAGUAACAACAACAACUAGUGAAACUAUAAAUACAAAAGUUGUUCAACACGAAAAUGUAAAUAUAAUAUCAUCAUUAAAUUCAAAUCAUUAUAAUCAUUCAAUAUCGUAUCCAAAUCAGUCAGCUAUUACUCAACAAUUAUGGUUUGCAAGAGUUAGUAAAGAAGUUAAUCCAGCAAUAACUGAAGCACCAAAGUUAACAACAAAAACACCAGAAGAGAGUAAAGUUGAGGUGAUUUUACCAUUUAGUAGUGAUUUACAAUUACGUGAAAAUUAUUUAUCCCCAUAUGGUAAUUUAAGAAUCGGUAGAUUCUUGGAAGAUUUAGAUGCAAUUGCUACAGCUGUAGCUUUUAAACAUGGUGAGAAUGAGAAUGACGGUUAUAAGAAAAUGUUUGUAACUGUAUCAGUUGAUACAAUUAAAAUUCUUAGACCCUUAAUUCCAGAUAGGGAUAUUAAAAUGGAGGCUAAAUUAUCAUGGGUUGGUAAUAGUUCAAUGGAGAUCAUGAUUAGAGUUUUCUCAAAAGAUAAUGACAAAACUCAACAAUGGGAUCCUGUCCUAGUCGCAUUCUUUACAAUGGUUGGUGUAGAUCCAAAAACAAUGAAACCAACACUUAUCAACUCAUUAAAAGUUGAAACUCCAACAGAGAGGAGACUAUUCGCUGAAGGUGAACAACAUAAAUUACAACGUUUAAAUUCAAAUCAGCAAUCACUUGAAAAAUUACCACCAACUCCAACUGAAUUACAAACUAUUCAUAAUCUAUUCAUGAUUUCAAAACAACAACACCAAUCAUCAGAUGUUGUUGAUAGAAAUUUCAUUCCAAUGAAUUCAACAAGUUUAGAAACUGUUAUUUUAUGUCAACCUCAAGAAAAGAAUAUUAACGGUCAAAUUUUUGGUGGUUAUUUAAUGAGAAUGGCAUUUGAAACUGCUUAUACAACUUGUUUUAUGAAGUUUCCAGAAUCAUUACCAAGAUUUAGAAGUAUUAGUGGUUUGAAAUUCCUUAAACCUGUUGAAAUUGGUGAUAUUCUUAAUAUGGAAUCAACCAUUACCUACUCAAAGCCAAUGAACUCUGAAGAUGAUUGUGAAAAUCAAACUUAUUAUACUCAAGUAGAAGUUUUAGCCUAUGUCACCGACCCUUCCAUUGGUGAAAAAAAACUUUCAAAUGUUUUUAAUUUCACUUUUUAUUGUGCUCCUUCAAAAUCUCAAAAAGAAAAAUUACAACAACAAAAUACAAACAAAAAAUUAAAACAAAUUUUACCUCAAACUUAUUCCGAAGCAAUGCGUUAUUUAACUGGAAAAAGAAUUAUUGAUAGUUAUAUAGAAUUUGAUCAAUCACCUUCUAAAAUGGAUAUUUUUAAAAAUGAAUAA